AUGUCACCACCAGCUGCCGUUGAAUCCACAAUCAACUUCGAAGGUCACCCUUCAAUCAAAAGCACACAAGACCCAUUGGUCAAAAAAUUGAACUUGACCACUGAUACCAUCGUCAGACACAAUGCUGCACCACCAACCUUGUACGAGGAUGGUUUGUUGGAAAAGGGAACCACCAUUUCAUCCACUGGUGCCCUUAUGGCUUACUCCGGUAGAAAGACCGGUAGAUCACCAAGUGAUAAGAGAAUUGUUGACGAAGAGACUUCUUCUAACCACAUUUGGUGGGGUCCUGUCAACAAGCAAGUUGACGAAUUGACUUGGAAGAUUUCCAGAUCAAGAGCUUUGGACUACUUGAGAACCAGAGAAAAGUUGUUUGUUGUUGACGCUUACGCCGGUUGGGAUCCAAGAUACAGAAUCAAAGUUAGAAUUAUCUGUGCCAGAGCUUACCACGCUUUGUUUAUGACCAAUAUGUUGAUUAGACCAACCGAAGAAGAAUUGAAAAACUUUGGUGAGCCAGAUUUCACCAUCUACAAUGCCGGUCAAUUCCCAGCCAAUGUUCACACUAAAGGUAUGACCUCAUCCACCUCAGUUGAAAUCAACUUUAAGGAUAUGGAAAUGGUUAUCUUGGGUACUGAAUACGCUGGUGAAAUGAAGAAAGGUAUCUUUACCGUUAUGUUCUACUUGAUGCCAAUCAGACACAAGGUUUUGACCUUGCACUCAUCCGCUAACCAAGGUGUUGACAAAGGAGAUGUUACUUUAUUCUUUGGUUUGUCGGGUACUGGUAAGACCACUUUGUCUGCUGAUCCAAACAGAAAGUUGAUUGGUGAUGAUGAGCAUUGUUGGUCAGACAAUGGUGUCUUUAAUAUUGAAGGUGGUUGUUACGCCAAGUGUUUGGACUUGUCUCAAGAAAAGGAACCAGAAAUUUUCAACUCCAUCAAGUUUGGUGCUAUUUUGGAAAACGUAGUUUACGACCCAAUCACCAAGGUUGUUGACUACUCUGAUUCAUCAAUCACAGAAAACACCAGAUGUGCUUACCCAAUUGACUUUAUUCCAUCCGCUAAGAUUCCAUGUUUGGCUGACACUCACCCAUCAAACAUUAUCUUGUUAACAUGUGAUGCUUCCGGUGUAUUGCCACCAGUAUCUAAAUUGACCAAUGCUCAAGUUAUGUACCACUUUAUUUCAGGUUACACUUCCAAGAUGGCUGGUACUGAGGAAGGUGUCACUGAACCACAAGCUACAUUCUCUGCAUGUUUCGGUCAACCAUUCUUGGUCUUGCACCCAAUGAAAUACGCUCAACAAUUGUCUGACAAGAUCUCCGAACACAAGGCCAAUGCCUGGUUAUUGAACACCGGUUGGGUUGGUGCUUCAGUUGCUCAAGGUGGUAAGAGAUGUUCAUUGAAAUACACCAGAGCCAUCUUGGAUGCUAUCCACUCUGGUGAAUUGUCAAAGGUUGAAUAUGAACAAUUCCCAGUCUUUAACUUGAACGUUCCAAAGAGCUGUCCUGGUGUUCCAAGUGAAAUCUUGAACCCAACCAAAGCUUGGACUGGUGGAAAAGACGCUUUCGAAAAGGAAAUUCAAUCUCUUGGUAAGAAAUUCAACGACAACUUCGUUAAAUAUAGCGACCAAGCAACUUCGGAGGUUAAGCAAGCUGGUCCAACUGUAUAA